ACAGCGCCAGCGACGCCCUCCGAGGGUCCCACUACAUUUCCCAGGAUGCUUUGCCAACAGCGACGCCAUUGGUCGGCGCCGACGGAAAUGCACAUCACUGAACGGAAGUAAAGGAUCUCCGGCUAGGAAGGUGAAGAAGACAGGGUCUGUGAAGCUAGCCAACUUCUCCCUCACUGAUUCAGCAUGGGGGAGAAGUCAGAAAACUGUAGGGUUCCAGAGGAUCUGUUCAAUGGCUUGAAAGUUACAGAUCCCCAGGAAGCAGAGUCUGCUUGCCCUCCAGAUUCUAAUCCCAAAGAUCACCAGUCUCAGAGCAAGCUGCUCAGGGGUGCUGAGGCCCAGCCGCAGGAGGACCAGGGAGAAGAGGAGCACUUUCAUGACUGCAUCGCCUCAUUUGAGAAGGAGGAAUCAGGAGUGGACAAGGUUGAGAACAAACCUGAUGAUGUGAAUUCCUCUGAACUAGAUGAAGAAUAUCUAAUAGAACUGGAAAAAAACAUGCCAGAUGAAGAGAAACAGAAAAGAAGAGAAGAGAGCACUAGACUGAAGGAGGAGGGAAAUGUGCAGUUUAAGAAAGGAGAUUAUAUAGAGGCCGAAAGUUCCUAUAGUCAGGCCCUUCAGAUGUGCCCAUCCUGCUUCCAGAAAGACAGGUCUGUUCUAUUUUCAAACAGAGCUGCUGCAAGGAUGAAACAGGACAAGAAAGAGAUGGCCAUCAGUGACUGCAGCAAAGCCAUUCAGUUAAACCCCAGCUACAUCAGGGCCAUAUUGAGGAGAGCGGAGUUGUAUGAGAAAACUGACAAGCUAGAUGAAGCCCUGGAAGACUAUAAAUCCAUAUUAGAAAAAGAUCCAUCAGUACACCAAGCGAGAGAGGCUUGUAUGAGAUUACCUAAGCAAAUUGAAGAACGUAAUGAAAGACUAAAGGAAGAGAUGUUAGGUAAACUAAAAGAUCUUGGGAAUUUGGUUCUCCGACCUUUUGGACUCUCCACAGAAAAUUUCCAGAUCAAACAAGAUUCCUCUACUGGCUCCUACUCCAUCAAUUUUGUUCAAAAUCCAAAUAAUAACAGAUAACAAAGAUAACAGUAGCUUUUAAAGCUGGCUGGUAAAUUGUGUGCUGCUUGCUGGUAGCAAGGGGAAAGGCCCUGCCAAUGUUUAACUUAUAAAAGCAUCUUAUCUCAAAGACGGCUGUCCAGUAGAGCCCAGUGCUCCCUUUUCCCUCGUGUUUUAUGAUCAGAGUGAAAUGCACUUCCUGAUGUAGUGAUCCUAAUUUGAUUGCCAUUUUAAGGUGGUGUCUGUGCCACUGUCGCCCUGGUUCUGGGUAUCCUUCAUUUUGUCUAGGAAGCCUGCUUGUCGAGGCUGACCUCCCUGAGCCGCACACACGCACGCAGACAGUCUCCCCUGGACCGAGCAAACCCAUCGGCCAGAGACUACCUGGACGUGACUGAUGGGGUUCCCGCCUGCCGCCCUCUCUCCCUGAUCACAUGCACUGCCCAGGCUGCCGUGUGCGGACUCCAGCAUCUCCUGAUUCCCUCUGUGGCAAUAAACGCUUUCUGUG